AUGGACGACCGAAUAUCCCAAUUGCCAAUACCUAUACUUCACAAAAUUCUCUGUUUCCUCCCCCAAAAAGAAGCCGUCAGAACUUGUCUACUCUCCAAACAUUGGCACCAUAUAGGUUCAACCCGCCCCAACCUCGAAUUUUCCAAAAAAUGGUUCAAAAUCAACGACACACAAGAAACGUUUGUCCCCGUCGUUGACCGAACUCUACAACGUUGCCGUGAUCAAAACCGCUCCAAACUGCACCGCAUUAUCUCUCUCCUCCUAUGCAGACAAUGGCGGCGCAACAAUGGAUCAACUCGCCCCAACCUCGACUCUUCCAAAAAAUUGUUCAACACUACACAACAAAACUUUGUCUCUGUAACCGAACGAACCCUACAAGGAUACCGUGAUCACAACCUCUCCAUAAACAAACUCCAUCUCGACUUAUUCAGGCCCCUCUCACAACCGGUCAUCUCCCUUCUCGACAAAUGGAUCCCGAUAAUAGCCGCCCUCAACAUAAAAGCCUUCAAACUCAACUUUGAUUUAUAUACUCCUCCAUAUUACGAGUUGCCCUCGGCAGUCUUCUUAGCCGAGUCCCUCGAAGAACUACACCUGAGCAAAUGCAGGCUGAGCCCGGCAAAGAGCGUGAAGUUUAAAUGUUUGCGCACGCUCACCCUCGAACAUGUCCAAGUUGAUGGCGGGAAUUUGGAGAAUAUAUUGUCGGGCUGCCCUUUGCUCGGGCGCCUGGUCCUUAAUAGUUGUAAGGGGUUGAGAAACAUUAGAAUUGAAGGGCUCAAGCACUUUAAAUUGUCUGAUAACGAGUGGAUUAAAGGGCGUAGCAUCGAAAUCGAUGCCCCGAAUCUCGAGACGGUCUCCAUCUGGGGCUUAUGGAUUUGGUCACACCGCCAAAGCACAUUCUUGUUCUCCCGUCUCACGAGUUUGGAGCUCUAUUAUGUGAAACUGUCGAGUGAGUCGUUCGACCUGUUAUCGUUGGGCUGCCCAACUCUUGAGAGCUUGACCCUACAUGAAUGCUCCGGUUUCAAGGAAAUCUAUCUUGCAAAUGAUUCGGUGAAGAACUUGUGCAUCUGGACCGGCAAAAUAUUGCUUAGAGGAGUUACGAUUUGUGCCCCCAACCUUGUCGAUUUUGAAUUCAUUACCCCAACUUCCCAGGUUCCCGACACAUUCUCUUUCACGACCACUACUUCCAAGGAGUGGGAUUCAAAUAUACUCCUCUCUUCACGUGAGGAUGAUUCCGAUUUCGACGCCAAUUCAUGGUUCCUUAAGCUGAGGCGAAUGCUCAAGGCACUAAGUGGGUCUCGAAUUUCUCUGAUUCUGGAGAUGGACGGCGGCCCUCUGGACUUCAGUCAUCUUCUCAGUGACCAUCCUCCAGUGGUGGUGGAGGACUUGACAUUUAGUACUCGUAAAUUUCGCACGGCAUCCUGGUACUCGGGCUUUACGAAUGGCUUGUUUCGUGUUUGUCGACCGAGGCACAUAUGGGGUUGUACGAACAGGCUCUCGGAGUUUCAGUUCAACAUCUUGCUUGCAAACGAGAGCCUCGGGCACGAUCUGGAGCAAGUUCGUGUGAAAACUGUCAGUGGGAAAAUAUGGCAGCUCGUGGAGUGGACGGACCUUUCGGAAUUGAGAAACAGGACGUAUACGUAUGACAGUUUAAUGUGCCUUGAGUUGAAAUGGAGAGGUCAGAAGACGGCAUAA